CUGGUCCUCAUUCUUCCAUCCCAUUCACACCCCCUCCUCUCCUUUGAGCCCGAAACAAAACAGAACAAAAGUCCUUACUUGGUACCAUGGAGUUUGAAGCCGUAAGCGGAUCGCACUUUUGGCAUCGACCCUUUGGCGGAUAACACAGCACCACUGGACAAGGACACGUAUUCAUCACAAAGGAACCCACUUCACCUGCAUCAUAACCCUAUCCCAUUUAGAAUCGCUUUGCCAUCCCAGAGGGAGAGGACCCCGACCUCGACCUGGCCGCACCCGUGGAAACCACGUCAGGAGCCAUGUUUGACCAUACCAUCCGAGAUUCUAUGCUUGAACUUGAACAAGCAUUAGAAGAGGAGACAAGAGAUAUCUCAUCCCGCUUCCAGAGUGAGAGACGACCCGAACCUGCAGGGCUCGAUCGUGCCCUAUCUGACAACUACACGACCAACAGACCGCAGCACGGUUCCCGCGAUGGAUUUGCACAACAUAAAUAUGCAAGCAAGCACGGCGGAUUUGUCACUGGCUUCGAUCCAUUGUCCAAGGCGGAGCAGGCGAAAAAGGCCAGUCGUGCUCAGCGUUUCGGGGCAGUGCCUCAGUCAGAGAUCGCGAACAGGGAUGAAACAAUGGACGAACAGGGGACUAGCAUGGAUAUUGAUGAGAGAGAAUGGGUAAGACCCGACAAUUUGCCAAUGACGCCUCCCAGGACCUCAACCAUCCGUCUUGAAGCCGUGCAUCUCUACGGUACGGACGAGAUGUCGACCAAGGAUGUCCUCAAAUACUUUGAGGCGUAUGGACCCAGUCAUGUGGAAUGGAUCGACGACUCUUCUUGCAACAUCAUCUUUCCGGACCAAUUCUCGGCAAAGCGUGCACUCUACUUUCAGCUCGUUGACCGAAACGUCAACUUUGGAGAGGAUGACGACGUCGAGCCUACUCGGACAGAGACCCUCUCUGCGGAGGGCGCGGACACAGUAGAGGCGUCCGUCAUGGUUCCCGGAUCCAAGAACCGUUUGCAGCGCGCAAAGGAUUACACGCCUAUUCAGCAGCAGCAUCAACCUGUUAUCCCGAACAACAAAGGGCUGUUUAUCCGAUACGCGACCGAUUAUGACCGUAAGGAACGUGGAGCGGCAGCCAAGAGUAAUUACUAUGCGGUCUAUGGACGCGAGGAAUCUAGAACUGGGACGGGCCGUAAUAACAGCGGUAGCAGCAGCAUGGGUUCCUCAAGGUACGGACGACGUAGUCGAGCGGACGAAGACGAAGUCUGGAACCGUGGUCGCGGUAUCCUGUCGAUGAGCAGCUUGAGACGGAAGAUGGAGGGAGCCGGUUCACCCUCACCAUCGCCAACGCGUCAUCGAUCAUGGUCAAGGAACAGGAGGUUGGCAGGAUCGAGGUCGAGAUCGAGAUCUUCGGGGCCACGAUCGACAUCAAGAGGCCGCUCGAGUUCACCUGGCUAUUCGUCUCGACGCGAUCGGGCUAGUCGGUCUCCUGACUCUGGAAGUCGCAUGCGUACCGAUGAUUAUGAAAACCGUGGUCGUCGCGGUGACAUUUCAUUGCGUCUGGGCGGUCGCGUCAAGGUCUCUGACGAAGAGGCCUCGAUCGCCGCAGCCGCAGCCGAGAGUCGCCUUAACCAGUACACAGAUGAUUUCUUGGCCGAACUCGAAUCGACCUUCAGCCGACGCGAGAAGGCUAUCCCCAAGACCAAAUUGUAUAGCGACUUUUAUGAACGCGAAAUCGUGACCGAGGUCCCGACCGAGUCCCAGACAAAUGCCGCCGGUCAUGGCCGGAGAGAGAACCGCGAAGGACGUCGUGAACCCAGCGGCCGAAGCGAUGAUCAUUGGGCAUCUGCAUCCACAGGUCGGGGGAGACGAGGCGAUCACAGGAAAGAGAGAGGGAGGGACAGAGAGGAGGCACUCAAGGCCCUAGAUGCACGUCUAGGAAUGCCGACGGAAGAACGUGUCGAUGAGUUUGGACGCUCAAGAAGGGACUAAGAGAGCUGUGGUAUCUUUUUUAGCAUCUCUGGAGCACCUCAAUGCAGCUCUGUAAUACAAACUACCUUGCAAAACCAAAAUGAAUUUAGUUGUCUAGUUGUUUAGUUGUUUCUAUUUUAUUUUAUUUUAUUUUAUUUUA